GGGUGAGAGAGCUAUUGCUGAUUUCAUCGUUUUAACAGGUUUUUUCGUCUGGCAACACUGGUUUCCCGCCCUUUUUCCUGCAACAUAGACUACAAACCGCGCGAAUCAUCCCCUCCACCAAGUGUGGGCGCCCAUCAUGGCGGCCGUCUAUCGCUCAUUGCGUUGCUGAACUUCGCAGGAUUAACAAGGUCAAGAGGAAGUCCUGUCAGUUUAUUCAGAAAAAAUAUUCAACAUGGACGCCUCAUCGUCUGGUGAUGCUGAAAGGAGCCGGAAGAGGCGAAGAAGACGGAGGGCACCAUCAACAAGUUCCUCUUCUUCAAGUAGCUCGAUAGAACGGGCUAAUUGGCGGCAUUCUGCAAAAAGAGCUAAGUACCACAAUUCCGAUACUUUAUUAGAAAAUUUGUGUAACCAAGUUGAAGUAUUAACGAAUUUUAUGCAUAAUAUUGUUCAAAACAACGAAAUCCCAAGUCAAUCAAUUUUGCCGGGUGCUACAGAUAGUACACCCACGGCCACCUUAGAAACAGAAUUGCAAAAUGAGGGUAGUAAAGAGUUUUGUUUAAAAUCCUUGCAAACAACAUUAAAAGAAUCUGGUUUUGGUAAAACUGACCAGGAUCGAUUUGACAUCAUUAACUCUUUGCAACUAUUUGGGUCACCUGAUUGGUUGAACAUUAAUUUCAUUGAUACACAAAAAUCUUAUUUAUCUAAACCUGGUUUUGUCGAGUUGGAAACGAACGACGAUUUGAAACCAUACGAUAAAAAUAAAUUUCUACCCUCAUGUGAACGCACGUUCGCGGCUUUAUCAAAUGCCAUACUUUUACAAAGAGGAAUGUUGCAAAAUAAUGUUACUCAAUUGUUGACUUGGGUGAAGGACUUGCAGUCCGUCUCCUAUGAUGAAUUUAGUGCUAAAAUCAAGGAAUUAUUUUGUGAGGAUAAGGAUUACAAUGAAAUUUCUAACAAUAUUAUGCAAAUUAUUUGCGGAAAACGAGCUUCAAUCAUUAACAAUCGACGAACUGAACUUUUGAAAUCGGUUUCAAAUAACUUCACGGCUGAUAAAUUCAAAAAGAUCCCACCAUCUCCGGAAUUUUUAUUUCAGCCGGAUCAAUUUAAUUCUUUGCUAGAGAAAGAGGGUGGUCCUACAAAAGUUUUUCAAAAACCCCAACUUGCAAAAACAACUAAUGUUUCCUUUAAAGGACAACCUCCAAAAUUUGCUCCAAAGAAUCAAUAUUUAACCUCCUUUCGAGGAAAUACUAACGGACCAUCAGUUCAGAGUUCAAAACAAGACUUGUCAUCGCGAGGAAAACGAAAGUACUCUUAUGACUCAAAUAAAAAAUCUAGUGGACGACGUCACGGCGGAGAUUCCAAAAGACGUCGUUAUGAUUGACUCGAGAGUGUUUCAAGCAGGGCGCUUGAAACAUUUUCUCGAGAGGUGGGUAGCUCUAAAAACUCCAAAGGUGAUUUUGAAUAUGAUUUCAAAUUUUCGAAUACCAUUCGUAAAAAAGCCCCCGCUGAUUAUUCCAAAUCUAAAUUAUUAUCAGACUCCGGAUACCCCACAAAUGUGUAUAGAAGUGCAAAAAAUGAUCGAUUCGAACAUAAUCGAACCAGCUCAGGUGAGUCCCAGUUUUGUUUCACCGUUGUUCCUAAUAGAGAAGACGGAUCAAUCAUAUCGACCAAUUUUCAAUUUAAAAUGCCUAAACGAUUAUAUUUCGGUAAAGAAAUUUUAUCUUGUGUCGCACUUCGAGAUACCCAAAUUCCUUCAACCAGGCGAUUGGUUGACAAAAAUCGACAUGUCACAAGCUUACUUUCACGUGAAUGUAGCUCAAAGUCAUCGACGCUUCCUAAGAUUGAUUUUCAGGCAAAAACUAUACCAGAUGACAUGUCUUCCAUUCGGUAUAGCAUGCGCACCAAGAUGUUUCGCAAUGAUAACAAAUUUUUUAGCUCAAAAGCUAAGAGAAGUGGGAAUGAGGGUAGUAGUAUAUUUGGACGAUUUUUUGAUUGUGAACCAGAGCCGAAGUCUGCUUCAGCAGCAGACCUCGGCUGCAGUACACUUACUUCAAGUACUAGGUUGGAUCCUAAAUUUCGAAAAAUCUAUAUUGUGCCCCACGCAGGACCUAGAGUUCUUAGGGAUUCGAUGGGACACAGCCUCAAAUCGAAAAUACCUUCCUCAGCAGAAGGUACUAAAACUUCGUGUGGAGUUUCAGCGACUCUUAACGAGGAAAACAUGCUCAUUGAGGGAAGCCCAAUCGAUACUAGGAAGGUUGAACUUCGCAAAUUAUGUAGUCCCUCAAGGUCGUUUACACUGCCGCUUGUUUCAGAGUCACCUACGAAUCCUACGCCAGGGACAUCCAAAGCAACGACACAGCCUACCCAAGGAAGUAAUAGAGGAGCUGCAAUGGUGGCGUCGAUCGUCUAUGUUGCAGGAAAAAGGGCGGGAAACCAGUGUUGCCAGACGAAAAAACCUGUUAAAACGAUGAAAUCAGCAAUAGCUCUCUCACCCAUUCCCCCGGACAAGGCUCGGAGCACAAUGGCGGU